GAGACACACACACAGUUUAGUCUGAGGUCCAGCCCCCUCUCAGUAGCACUCAGUGCCAGACCUCAGGGAGGUAGUGUGCUUCUCACAACACAGCUUGUGUAACUGAGCAGAGAGGCAGAGAGGCAUGGGCUGGGGGAAGAGUGUUCCUGUGCUGAAGCUGGGGCAGGGUCUGAGGCCGGGCCUGAGGCUGGGGCUGGGGCCGGGGCAGGGGCUUAGGCUGGGACUGCUGAUUCUGCUGUGCUGCCUUGCCCUGUGUCCAGCGCCUGUCCAGGGGGAUAAGGUCCUGGUGAUGCCUGUAGACGGGAGCCACUGGCUGAGCAUGAAGCUGCUGGUGAAGGAGCUGGCGGCCAGGGGCCAUGAGAUGGUGGUGCUGAUCCCUGAGACAUCCAUCCUCAUCCAGGGCUCCGACUACUACAGGACUGAGACCUUCAGGGUCCCCUACAGCAAGGCACAGCUGGACAAGAACAUCAACAAACUGAAGGACGCUGCGUUCGUCAAGGCCCCGGAUGUAACCGACAUAUUUGUGAACGUGCAGCACCUGGUUGACUUCACCACCAUGCAGGUGAAAGGCUGUGAGGGUCUGCUGUAUGACGAGCCCCUGAUGCAGCGACUGAGUGGAGAAAUAUUCCAGCUGAUGCUGACCGACCCCUUCCUACCCUGUGGAUCCAUCAUCGCUGACUCCUUCAACAUCCCAGCGGUGUACUUCCUGAGGGGGAUCCCCUGUGGGCUGGAUGAGAGGGCUGCACAGUGCCCCACUCCCCUAUCCUACGUACCACGCUUCUUCUCUGGCAACACUGACCACAUGGACUUCCUAGGGAGGGUUAAGAACAUGCUCAUGUACAGUCUGGAGAGCUACCUGUGUACGGUAAUGUUUGCCAGCUUUGACGAGCUGACCAGUAGGUACCUGGAUAAGGACAUGACGUACAGGGAUCUGCUGGGUCACGGGGCGAUCUGGCUGCUGAGGUAUGACUUCUCCUUUGAGUAUCCCAAACCCAGGAUGCCCAACAUGGUCAACAUUGGAGGCAUAAACUGUGGUAAAAGAGCUCCACUCCCAGUGGUGAGUCUCAUAACAAUAUGUUUUAAAACAAACAACUUCAACUGUGCAUAGCUGUGCACCCUAUAUCGAUCCAGGUCCAGAAACCUCAAGGGAUAGAUUCACUGCUGUGGGGAAAAAAGGGGGAAAAAAUGGGGAAAAAAUUCAGCAAACUUUCAAUUUGUUUACAUUUACAUUUUAGUCAUUUAGCAGAUGCUCUUAUUGAGAGCGACUUACAGUUAGUGAGUGCAUACAUUUUCAUACUGGCCCCCCGUGGGAAAUGAACCCACAACCCUGGCGUUGCAAGCGCCAUGCUCUAUCAACUGAGCUACAGCUAUCAAAUUCUUCUCAUACUUUCUAAUUUGGGACAACAUCUCUUUUCGAGAUCUUGUUUUGACAGACAAACUACAUUCUCCUCUGAAGCUCUUCCUCUAAUGUUGUUAAAGAGUCAGUUGGAAAUGAUGAAGACAAUUACAUUGAUGGAAGCCACAAUCUACAGUUGAAGUUGGAAGAUUACAUACACCUUAGCUAAAUACAUUUAAACUCAGUUUUUCACAAUUCCUGACAUUUAAUCCAAGUAAACAUUCCCUUUCUUAGGUCAGCUAGGAUCACCACUUUUUUUAAAGAAUGUGAAAUGUCAGAAUAAUACUAGAGAGAAUGAUUUAUUUCAGUUUUUCUUUCUUUCAUCACAUUCCCAGUGGGUCAGAAGUUUACAUACACUCAAUUAGUAUUUGGUAGCAUUGCCUUUAAAUUGUUUAACUUGGGUCAUAUGUUUCGGGUAGCCUUCCACAAGCUUCCCACAAUAAGUUGGGUGAAUUUUGGCCCAUUCCUCCUGACAGAGCUGGUGUAACUGAGUCAGGUUUGUAGGCCUCCUUGCUCGCACACGCUUUUUCAGUUCUGCCCACACAUUUUCUAUAGGAUUGAGGUCAGGGCUUUGUGAUGGCCACUCCAAUACCUUGACUUUGUUGUCCUUAAGCCAUUUUGCCACAACUUUGGAAGUAUGCUUGGGGUCAUUGUCCAUUUGGAAGACCCAUCUGCGAUCAACCUUUAACUUCCUGACUAAUGUCUUGAGAUGUUGCUUCAAUAUAUCCACAUAAUUUUCCUUCCUCAUGAUGCCAUUUAUUUUGUGAAGUGCACCAGUCCCUCCUACAGCAAAGCACCCCCACAGCAUGAUGCCGCCACCCCCGUACUUCACGGUUGGGAUGAUGUUCUUUAGCUUGCAAGUUCCCCCCCUUUUUCCUCCAAACAUAACGAUGGUCAUUAUGGCCAAACAGUUCUAUUUUUGUUUCAUCAGACCAGAGGACAUUCCUCCAAAAAGUACGAUCUUUGUCCCCAUGUGCAGUUGCAAACAGGCUUUUUUAUGGCGGUUUUGGAGCAGUGGCUUCUUCCUUGCUGAGCGGCCUUUCAGGUUAUGUCGAUAUAGGACUCGUUUUACUGUGGAUAUAGAUACUUUUGUACCUGUUUCCGCUAGCAUCUUCACAAGGUCCUUUGCUGUUGUUCUGGGAUUGAUUUGCACUUUUCGCACCAAAGUCCUUUCAUCUCUAGGAGACAGAACGCGUCUCCUUCCUGAGCGGUAUGACGGCUGUGUGGUCCCAUGGUGUUUAUACUUGUGUACUAUUGUUUGUACAGAUAAAUGUGGUACCUGCAGGCAUUUGGAAAUUGCUCCCAAGGAUGAACCAGACUUCUGAUUUCUUUUGAUUUUCCCAUGAUGUCAAGCAAAGAGGCAUUGAGUUUGAAGGUAGGCCUUGAGAUACAUCCACAGGUACUCCUCCAAUUGACUCAAAUUAUGUCAAUUAGCCUAUCAGAAGCUUCUAAAGCCAUGACAUCAUUUUCUGGAAUUUUCCUAGCUGUUUAAAAGCACAGUCAACUUAGUGUAUGUAAACUUCUGACCCACUGGAAUUGUGAUACAGUGAAUUAUAACUGAAAUAAUCUGUCUGUAAACAAUUGUUGGAAAAAUUACUUGUGUCAUGCACAAAGUAGAUGUCCUAACCGACUUGCCAAAACUAUAGUUUGUUAACAAUACAUUUGUGGAGUGGUUGAAAAACGAGUUUUAAUGACUCCAACCUAAGUGUAUGUAAACUUCCGACUUCAACUGUAUCUGCAAUAUUAUAUAAAUAAUAAUAAUAAUAAUAAUAAUAAAAACAUUCAAAUAGAGUUUCUGAAAACAGUUCUAGUUCAAUUGAGAUGUUUGUUUCCUGACCACAUCUUUCAGCUUGGGGAAGGCAAAAAGGACAGGGCAGAUGUGCAGAGAAAGUUAAAGUGUGGUUCUUCAUAUUUUGUAUAAAGAGAAGUAUUGUUCAACAUUCACUUUGGGAGAGUGUCCCUCUCUGUACUACCCUCCAUUCUCUCUCUUUUCUAAACAAUGUGUUCAGCCAGUGAAACCUGAGCCAGGAAUAGCAUUUAGGUGUCCCAAAUGGUGCCCUAUUCCUUAUACAGUGAACUACUUUUGACCAGAUCCCUAUGGGCCCUGGUCAAAAGUAGUUCACUAAAUGGGGAAUAGGGUGUCAUUUAGGACAGACCACAGUUCUUUCCUCCUGGAAUGUGGCCACUAUAAUCUAACAGAGGAACUGAGGCGCCCUUCUAGUUCCAACCCUACAAACCAAAGGAAGGGAAACCACUCUGCAGGGAUUGUUCUGUGGGGUUAGGGUUGGGGUUAGCUGUGAUUGUUAUAUGGUUUAUUAUGCCUUUAUCUUCUAUGAAUACAGGGUGUGUUAUCAAAUCAUGGUAUCCUUUCACAACUUCACCCUCCCUCCUUCAGUCAAUGUUUUGCUAACUAGACGAAAGAGUGUUCUAUCACUGAUGUGUGGAAGUUAAAUACAUUUUUUAAUGUGAAUUAAAUCAUUUGAUGCCUUGUCUGUUUAUAUUGUCCAAUGUGAAAUGUUGAUGACCACUAUGAGGUAAGGUUUCACACAGCAGUUGCUGUUUGUGUUUUCUGCCUGUAUGUACAGUGAGGGAAAAAAGUAUUUGAUCCCCUGCUGAUUUUGUACGUUUGCCCACUGACAAAGACAUGAUCAGUCUAUCAUUUUAAUGGUAGGUUUAUUUGAACAGUGAGAGAGAAUAACAACAACAAAAUCCAGAAAAACGCAUCUCAAAAAUGUUAUAAAUUGAUUUGCAUUUUAAUGAGGGAAAUAAGUAUUUGACCCCCUCUCAAUGAGAAAGAUUUCUGGCUCCCAGGUGUCUUUUAUACAGGUAACGAGCUGAGAUUAGGAGCACACUCUUAAAGGGAGUGCUCCUAAUCUCAGUUUGUUACCUGUAUAAAAGACACCUGUCCACAGAAGCAAUCAAUCAAUCAAAUUCCAAACUCUCCUCCAUGGCCAAGACCAAAGAGCUCUCCAAGGAUGUCAGGGACAAGAUUGUAGACCUACACAAGGCAGGAAUGGGCUACAAGACCAUCGCCAAGCAGCUUGGUGAGAAGAUGACAACAGUUGGUGCGAUUAUUCUCAAAUGGAAGAAACACAAAAUAACUGUCAAUCUCCCACGGCCUGGGGCUCCAUGCAAGAUCUCAGCCCAGAACUACACGGGAGGAUCUUGUCAAUGAUCUCAAGGCAGCUGGGACCAUAGUCACCAAGACAACAAUUGGUAACACACUACGCCGUGAAGGACUGAAAUCCUGCAGCGCCCGCAAGGUCCCCCUGCUCAAGAAAGCACAUAUACAGGCCCAUCUGAAGUUUGCCAAUGAACAUCUGAAUGAUUCAGAGGAGAACUGGGUGAAAGUGUUGUGGUCAGAUGAGACCAAAAUGGAGCUUUUUGGCAUCAACUCAACUCGCCAUGUUUGGAGGAGGAGGAAUGCUGCCUAUGACCCCAAGAACACCAUCCCCACCGUCAAACAUGGAGGUGGAAACAUUAUGCCUUGGGGGUGUUUUUCUGCUAAGGGGACAGGACAACUUCACCGCAUCAAAGGGACGAUGGACGGGGCCAUGUACCGGCAAAUCUUGGGUGAGAACUUCCUUCCCUCAGCCAGGGCAUUGAAAAUGGGUUGUGGAUGGGUAUUCCAGCAUGACAAUGACCCAAAACACAUGGCCAAGGCAACAAAGGAGUGGCUCAAGAAGAAGCACAUUAAGGUCCUGGAGUGGCCUAGCUAGUCUCCAGACCUUAAUCCCAUAGAAAAUCUGUGGAGGGAGCUGAAGGUUCGAGUUGCCAAACAUCAGCCUCGAAACCUUAAUGACUUGGAGAAGAUCUGCAAAGAGGAGUGGGACAGAAUCCCUCCUGAGAUGUGUGCAAACCUGGUGGCCAACUACAAGAAACGUCUGACCUCUGUGAUUGCCAACAAGGGUUUUGCCACCAAGUACUAAGUCAUGUUUUGCAGAAGGGUCAAAUACUUAUUUCCCUUAUUAAAAUGCAAAUCAAUAUAUAACAUUUUUGACAUGCGUUUUCUGGAUGUUUUUGUUGUUAUUCUGUCUCUCACUGUUCAAAUAAACCUACCAUUAAAAUUAUAGACUGAUCAUGUCUUUGUCAGUGGGCAAACGUAUAAAAUCAGCAGGGGAUCAAAUACUUUUUUCCCUCACUGUACAUACAAUUCCAUUGCAUAGUGAAAGACCACAAUUCAUUGUGUGUUUGGUUCAUCGUGUGUGUGGUUCUGCGGAUAUUUCAGAGAAGGGUCUACUUGCAAUAACUGUGAUAUAUGGUUGUUUUUUUCCUACUAAACUAAGUUGAAUGCACUGACUGUAAGUCACUCUGGAUAAGAGCGUAUACUAGAUGACUAAAAUGUAUACUGAACAAAAAUAUAAACGCAACGUGUAAAGUGUUGAUCCCAUGUUUCAUGAGCUAAAAUAAAAGAUCCCAGAAAUGUUCUAUACGCAAAGAAAUAAAAAUGUUCUCUCAAAUGUUGUGCACAAAUUUGUUUACAUCCCUGUUAGUGAGCAUUUCUCAUUUGCCAAGAUAAUCCAUCCACCUGACAAGUGUGGCAUAUCAAGAAGAUGAUUAAACAGCAUAAUCAUUACACAAGUGCACCUUGUGCUGGGGACAAUAAAAGGUCACUCUAAAAUGUGCAGUUUUGUCACACAGCACAAUGCCACAGAUGUCUCAAGUUUUGACGGAGCGUGCAAUUGGCAUGCUGUCUGCAGGAAUGUCCACCAGAGCUGUUGCAAGAUAAUUAAAUGUUAAUUUCUCUACCAUAAGCCGCCUCCAACGUUGUUUUAGAGAAUUUGGCAAUACAUCGAACUGGCCUCACAACCGCAGACCAUGUGUAUGGUGUUGUGUGGUUGAGCGGUUUUCUGCCAGCCCAGGACCUCCACAACCGGCUUCUUCACCUGCGGGAUCAUCUGAGACCAGCCACCCGGACAGCUGAUGAAAUUUAGGAGAAUUUCUGUCUGUAAUAAAGCCCUUUUGUGGGGAAAAACUCAUUCUGAUUGGCUGGGCCUAGCUCUCAAGUGGGUGGGCCUAUGCCCUCCCAGGCCCACCCAUGCUCCCAGGCCCACCCAUGGCUGCGCCCCUGCCCAGUAAUGUGAAAUCCAUAGAUUAGAGCCUAAUGAAUUUAUUUCAAUUGACUGAUUUCCUUAUAAAAUCGUUGAAAUUGUUGCAUGUUGCAUUUAUAUUUUUGUUCAGUAUAAAUGUAAAAAGUUUUUGUUAACUAACCCUUCCCCCGUACCUCAACAGGACCUGCAGGAGUUUGUGGAUGAGUCAGGAGAGGAUGGCUUCGUGGUCUUUACCCUGGGCUCUAUGGUCUCUCAGAUGCCGGAGGAGAAAGCCAAGCAGUUCUUUGAUGCCUUCAGCAGGAUCCCUCAGAGGGUAAGGACACCUCGAACACGUCCCAAAUGGCAACCCUAUUCCAUAUAUUGCACUAUUUUUGACCACAGCUGGUCAAAAGUAGUGCACUAUAUAGGGAAUAAGGUGUCAUUUGGAACGCAAACCCUCAUCUGUCUAUUACAUCAUGUUUCCCACAGUUAACCCUUUCUGACCAACACAAUCUUUAAGUAUACAGUCUCUACGUCUUCUAUAGACAUCAACAACUGACAACAUAUUUUCUAAGAGUCUAUUUUCUAAGAGUUAGAUUGACCCGUGCGUCAAUCUAAGUAACAUAAUAAAAAAAUCCCCAUAAAAAUCAGUCAGUUUAAGCUAGAGUUAUCCAUUUUUUUGCAUGGGCUGCGCCUCAAGCCACCGCAUCCGUCUAUGUCGGCCUUCCGUAUCUGCGUGGAAGGUGGCCGAGCUACAGCAGUGUUUGUCAGACCAUGAGACAUCCCGAAAAUCUGCCUUCUCGUGAAAAAGUCUGUAGCGUCCGAACGGUUUGUCCUAGAAACUAUUAUGUGUCACGGGACCCCACAAGUGUUACAGGACUUGUCUGAAGAUAACCUAUACAAAUGAAUGGAAGUAUGGAGGUAGUUUUGUGCCAACAGAAAUAAGGGGUUAAAUAUGUGUUAAAAAAACACACAAUUAUUUCGUGAGCUUUCUGACAUCUCCUAGAUAUAGCACAGACACUUCAAAACCUUAUUCCUUAUGAUUUCUUUUUUUACUGUCUUUUUUGCCAUUUAUGAAUGUGUUAUUCAAUGCGUUUCUAUGGGCUAUAGUAGUAAAGGCCAAAUUCAAUAUUUUAUCAAAUACAUUUUUUAUAUAUUUUUGUAAUACCUAAAGGGGUCCUAAAAUUCAAAAUCAAAUAACUAAAUGAUCCAUGGUAUGACCAUCUUAAAACAAUUCCAUAUGUUAUCUUAGUUGAGAUGUCAGUUUGUAGUAGCACAGCACUAUGCGUGUUAAGCAUAUAGGCAGGGUUGGGGAGUAACAGAUUACAUGUAAUCCGUUACAUGUAACAGAUUACAAAAACAUGUAACUGUAAUCUGUUACGUUACCAGCAAAAAAAUUAUAAUCAGAUUACAGAUACUUUCGAAAAACUAGAUGAUUACUUCUAUGAUUACUUUUCUAUUAUUUUAAGCUGCCUAUCAUUGUUUUUGCGACCUGUGGACAGCCAGUGAAUAAUGUGCUCUUGCAACAGCUGCAUAGGACAGAUCCCAGCCUAUGGAAUAAAAGUUUGAGGGAGUUCCUCCCUUCUAAACCCCUCAGUGGUAUUGUCCUCCAUACUGUCAAAAACAAGUUUAAUUUAAGAAGACCACGAGUGGGGCUUUUGUUGCUCAAUCUCAUUAGUGCUGAUUUAAAAAAUGUUUUCCAUAGGCUGGACACAUGCUCAAACUCGCACACUUUUGCUAGACUUAAACAGCUUAUCAAGAUAUCAAAGUGUCACCAACAAAAACGUAAACAAUAGGCCAAUAGUAAAUGCAGCAUAUGGCAUUAGCACUUUUUGGUACACUCUUAGAAAAAAAAGGUGCUAUCUAGAACCUAAAAGGGUUCUUCAGCUGUCCUCAUAGGAGAACCCUUUGAAGAACCCUUUUUGGUUCCAGGUAGAACCCUUUUGGGUUCAAUGUAGAACCCUUUCCACAGAGGGUUCUAUAUGGAACCCAAAAAGGGUUCUACCUGGAACCAAAAAGAGUUUCCUAUGGGGACAGCCGAAGAACCCUUUUGGAACCCUUUUUCUAAGAGUGUAGUGCUCAAGCAUGCCAUUCCAUGAGAGCAGCAUAAACAUCAAAGUAGGCUAAUAAGUCCUUAGUUUUUGGGUUAUGCUUAAGUAAAACAAUUUGGCUAAUCUAUAUUUCCAAUUCCGAUUCUUGAAGAUCAAGGGGUAUUAAAUUAAUUGGAAUGAUUGGAAAUCUGACAGACUUUGGUUUUUAAUGUAAAGAAAGUGUUUGUCCUCAGGCCUGGAGGGAAGCCAAAGUCAUACAAAUACAAUGCUAUUUAUCCAUAAACAAAUUAACAACAGACUUUCAGCAUACUUAUAGAGAAGGGCACUCAACAUAUACUGCACUGACACAAUUGACCGAUAAUUGGUUGAAAUAAAUUGACAAUAAGAAGAUUGUGGGAGCUGUACUGUUAUAUUUCUGCCUGUGUUUCCAUGUAUGCUGAUGAUUCAACCCUAUACGCAACCCUAAACAAAGAGUUGCAGUCAGUUUUAGAAUGGGUGGCCAGUACUAAACUGGUCCUGAACAUCUCUAAAACUAAGACCAUUGUAUUUGGUACAAGUUGAGAAGACUAAAUUACUUGGUGUUACCGUAGAUUCUAAACUGUCAUGGUCAAAAAAUAUUGAAUGGCUGUAAGUCUGUCCGUGAUAAAGAGAUGCUCUGCUUUUUUGACACCACACUCCACAAAGCAAGUCCUGCAGGCUCUAGUUUUAUCUUAUCUUGAUUAUUGUCCAGUCGUGUGGUCAAGUGCCGCAAAGGACCUAGUUAAGCUGCAGUUGGCCCAGAACAGAGCGGCACGUUUUGCUCUUCAUUGUAAUCAAAGGGCUAAUAUCAAUACUAUACAUGCCAGUUUCUCUUGGCUACGAGUUGAGGAAAGACUGACUGUGUCACAUUAAUUCCAACUUGUUUGCAUAGUCAACUUACAUACAGCACUGGGUCUUUACACAGUCCCCAGGUCCAGAACAAAUUCAUGGAAACAUACAGUAUUAUACAGAGCCAUGAUUGCAUGGAACUCCCUUCCAUGUCAUAUGAACAGCAAACCUGGUUUCAAAAAACAAAUAAAGCAACACCUCACGGCACAACGCCUCUCCCCCAUAUUACCUACUUGUUGUGUGUAUGUACUGUGAUAACUGAUAGAUGCACACACGCACACUACAUGUUCAUGUUUUUAAAUAUAUGUAAAUUGUAAAGUAUUUUGUCUGUAAUGUCUUUUUCGUUGUGUGUCGGACCCCAGUAAGACUAGCUGUCGCCAUUGGCGUCGGCUAAUGAAAAUCCUAAUAAAACAAAAUCAAAUAUAGCCUAAUCAUAUAAUUAUCUGUAGUAGAAAACAAUGGGUUAGAAGAAGCCUACAUAACCAACCCAUAAAGUACAAUGCAAGAUCCAUUUAUGGCCAUCUAUGUAAACUCUAACAGGCGGGGUAAGAGGAAGGCCCUAACAAUAAGACUCCAGCCACCCUAGUCAUAGACUGUUCUCUCUGCUACCGCACGGCAAGCGGUACUGGAGCGCCAAGACUAGGUCCAAAAGGCUUCUUAACAGCUUCUACCCCCAAGCCAUAAGACUCCUGAACAGCUAAUCAUGGCUACCCGGACUAUUUGCAUUGUCCCCCCCACCCCACCCCACCCCCUCUUUUAUGCUGCUGCUACUCUCUGUUUAUUAUCUAUGCAUAGGCACUUUAACUCUACCCACAUGUACAUAUUACCUCGACUAACCUGUGCCCCCGCACAUUGACUCUGUACCGGUACCCCCUGUAUAUAGCCUCCCUACUGUUAGUUUAUUUUACUGCUGCUCUUUAAUUAUUUUUUAUUUUUAUUUUUUAGUUAUCUAUUUGUUACUUAACACUUAUUUUUCUUAAAACUGCAUUGUUGGUUAAGGGCUUAUAAGUAAGCAUUUCACUGUAAGGUCUACACCUGUUGUAUUCGGCGCAUGUGGCAAAUAACAUUUGAUUUGAUUUAUCCUGCAAUAGAUGUCAUUCAAUUGGUAAUAUUCAUUUUUGUCUUCUAAUGCCUCUUAAGGGAAAGUAAUCUAAAAGUAACUGAAAGUAAUUAGAUUACGUUACUGAGUUUGGGUAAUCUAAAGGUUACAUUACUGAUUACAAUUUUGGACAGGUAACUAGUAACUGUAAUGGAUUACAUUUAGAAAGUAACCUACCCAACCCUGCAUAUAGGCCUAAUCUCCAAUCCACCAUUAAUCUAAUCUAGAACAAGUCCUUUGUCCCCUGUUUGUACUUAACUCUGAGGAAUGCUGUAAUUACAUGGAGUUUCAAUGGCAUUUGCAUAUUCUCCAUUCUUCAUAUACUACAUCAAGGGUUAUGGCAAACUGCUGUUCUAUGUUGUUCAGUUUGUGUGGAGAUACACUGGAGCUAUGCCUUAAAACUCUCCAGACACACAUUUAUAUCCCACUACAAACUGGUGUACCUUCACCACUAUAUCCAGAAUUGACAGAUGAUUCUAUAUGACUUGAUUAGCUAAGUAAGCUGUUAUUCUCUGUGUUUCAGGUGGUGUGGCGGUACACAGGAGUGGUGCCUGAGAAUGCUCCAGACAACGUCAGAUUGAUGAAGUGGCUUCCUCAGAAUGAUCUGCUGGGUUGGUUUAGUCUCUCAUCAUCAGAGAUAAUGUUACAAUGAUAUAGUUCUAAUUAAAAUCACCUGGGUUACAGAAGUUACAGAGGGGUACUCUUCUCAGUAAACACAACAUGCUACUGUUGCUGCCAUUGUGCAAGUGAAACAAUGCAUCUUCUUCUUCUUCAUGGUGAAUGUUCUAUGUUCUAUGUUCAAUGUUCUAGGCCACCCCAAAGUCAAGGCCUUCAUCACCCACGGAGGAACCCACGGUCUCUACGAGGGGAUCUGUAACAGUGUUCCCAUGGUGAUGCUGCCGUUGUUCGGUGACCAGGGUGACAACAUACACCGCAUGGCAGUGAGGGGUGUCGGGGAGGUGCUCAAUAUGUUCGAUGUCACCUCAGACAAACUGGUGGAGGCCCUCAACAAGGUCAUCAACGACAAGAGGUCAGACAUCAUGCUAAUGUAAUACAAGGAAGUAUACUGAACAAAAAUAUAAAAGCAACAAUUUCAAAGAUUUUACUGAGUUACAGUUCAUAUGAGGAAAUCAGUCAAUUGAAAUAAAUAAAUGAGGCCCUAAUCUAUGGAUUUCACAUGACUGGGAAUACAGAUAUGCAUCUGCUGGUCACAGUUACCUUUAAAAACAAUGGGCCUCACAAUGGGCCUCAGGACCUCGUCACUGUAUUUUUGUGCAUUCAAAUUGCCAAUCGAUAAAAUGCAAUUGUGUUCGUUGCCCAUAGGUUAUGCCUGCCCAUAGCAUAACCCCACCGCCACCAUGGGGCACUCUGUUCACAACAUUGACAUCAGCAAACCGCUCACCCACACAACACCAUACACAUGGUCUGCGGUUGUGAGGCCAGUUGGACGUACUGCCAAAUUCUCUAAAAUAACGUUGGAGGCGGCGUAUGGUAGAGAAAUGAACAUUAAAUUAUAUUGCAACAGCUCUGGUGGACAUUCCUGCAGUCAGCAUGCCAAUUCACGCUCCCUCAAAACUUGAGACAUCUGUGUGACAAAACUGCACAUUUUAGAGUGCCUUUUAUUGUCCCCAGCACAAGGUGCACCUGUGUAAUGAUCAUGCGGUUUAAUCAGCUUCUUGAUAUGCCACACCUGUCAGGUGGAUGGAUUAUCUUGCCAAAGGAGAAAUGUUCACUAACAGGGAUGUAAACAAAUUUGUGCACACAUUUUGAGAGAAAUAAGCUUUUUGUGCAUAUGGAACAUGUUGCGUUUAUAUUUUUGUUCAGUAUAAUGAUGUUACAAGGACAUGUUAUACACUGAAUAUACAAAACAUUAACCUCUUAAAUGUAACUACAUGUAAUUUAAAAUAGAAUAUACGUAAUCCCCGAAAGUAAUAAACAAUAACUAGUAAUGCUGCAUACUGGAAGAUAGGUUAAAAUCUCACCUUUUUGGUAUAAAUAGUUAUAAAUUGCUGAGGUGUAGACACUUUUUAGGACACAAGCUCAAAUAAACAGUACAAAUAUGAUAAAAAUAUAGCAGUGCAAACAGUACAGGGACCAAAUCCUAACUUGAGAUCUACAUGCACAUAUUGAGUUUCAGUGCAAAUAUAAUAUUGUCAAAAAUGCAUGAUUUACAUGAAAGUCUGAGUUCCUCAUUAGAAUUCAGCCCCAGGUGAAUAUUGCACUGUGUAGUGUGACAUACUGCUUCCUUGACUUAUACUGUAUUAGCAGUCAUGAGUUGGCUAUGAGGAGAUUGUAAACACUGUUGCAUCUGUCCUUCCUCCCCAGUUACAAGGAGAAGAUGCUGAAGCUGUCAGCGGUGCAUAAGGACCGUCCCAUCGAGCCCCUGGACCUGGCUGUGUUCUGGGUGGAGUUUGUGAUGCGCCACAGCGGAGCAGAACACCUGAGACCCGCCGCUCACGACCUCAACUGGAUCCAGUACCACAGUCUGGAUGUGUUCACUCUGCUACUCACUAUAGUUCUCAUUGUUGUCAUGGUCACCAUUAAAUGCUGCAAAGUCUGCUUCCACAAGUGCUGUGGAACGAAGAGGACUAUGAAGAGGAAGAGUGAGUGAAUGUCCUUCCUGUGGCCUAAACCGGGAUUCAAUCUGAGGCUCAUUGUAGAGCGCUGUCGGCAAUAAUGUGCCUUGUAAAGGCAAGGUCCUGCGUUUUGCUGAGAUCGCAUUCACGGUAAACGCUGCAGAUGUCGGCUCAAUCAGAAAGUACCUUCAAAUGUCAAGCGCGCUACAAUGCGCCAUGGAUUGAAUCCCAGCCCAAGCCAUCAGGCGCUAGAGUCCAGGGUAACUAUACUGCCCCCUCUAGGCCCUGUGUAUAUCAGGGAGUGAAUAGGCUACUGUAGGUUGAAGGAAAGGAAUGCCUGACAGAGAUUUGC